CAACCCUUCAGCAUCAGCAUCUUCCACAACUGAGCUCUACCGCUGCAAACACACACAGCGCAUGAUGAGACAGCGAGACGAACACUUACUACGCUGAUGAACGGGAGAGAAGAUGAUCCUGAUCCUGCUGCUCAUCACCAUGAUCUCCUGUGUCUGUGCAGGAACUUCUUUUGUGAAAGUGACACAGACCCACUAUCAGGCAGAGGAGGACGACAACAUCACUCUGGAAUGGAUGUUCACAACCAGAAGUGACAAAUCUCCUAACCUACUUAUGAUCUUGUGUAAACUGAUAACAGACCUCAGAGUCUCUAUCGUGUAUCAUCUACAUCAAGGUGUUGAAGUCCCGGAGCUUCAAGAUGAACAGUUUUCAGGACGAGUCCAGUGUGACAGAGACGUCCUCAGAGAAGGACGACUCAGACUUCAUGUGUCCAGACUCAGGACUGAAGACUCAGGCCGGUACAAGUGUGUAGUGAGGACAGAAUCUGACCUGAGUGCAGAUCAAUGCUGGCUCAAUGUUACUGCCUCUGUUGCUCAGGAACAACGUACGACUCCAACUGUGAACCCAGAGCCACAGGAUCAGGAAAGGUUCUACAUCUUACUUGGUGCAGGAAUAAUGUUCACAGUUAUCCUGAUAGUAGGGACGGCAGCAGCAGCAGCAGCAGCAGGAAGGAAAGUAGCUAAUGUAGUGAUAAGAGUAAUAGUAGUGAUAGCAGCAGUAGUAGUGAUAGUAAUAGUAUAUUCAAUAACAGCAGCAACAGCGACUGCACCAGAUGCUGCAGUGUUAGGAUUGUUGUUGGGAGGAUCAAUAAUAUUUUCAGUGUUUGCAGCUCUGUCAGCUCCCUGUGUCCUCAUCUUCUAUGGCUUCUGUCAAUCAAAUUCAGAAAGGAGGCCUGACAGCAUCAGCAGCUACAGAAGGUCACCAAAUGACAACUCUUACUAUAUACAAUAUUUUUGAUAUUUUCAAUGAGGCCGAUGUUUUUUCUUCUCUCUCGAAGAUUAAAAAAAACAUUUAGAUCAUCAUGUGUUUUGGUGAUUUGCAAACAAAUCUACAAAAGCACUGGUGGUUGAUCUAAUAUCUGAACAGACAAACAUUUGACAGAAUUCUAAGAACAUUUACGUUAGUGUUAGAUUCCAUAAGCAGAUAAGACUUCCUGUACAAACAGGAGAAAGAAUGAGACGGCUAGAGCUUCUGUCCAGUGCAGCUUCGCUCAGUAGAAUUUAUUCACAAAAAUGCAAAACAAUCAUUUCCUUUUUUUUACCAUGUUGCUGCAUUUUGUUGUUUUAUUCAUACACAUUUUAUCUUACCAAUACAAAUAUCCAAAUACACAAAUAUAUUUCUACAUCUCUUUACACUUUCUUUCAAACAGGUCAAAUAAAACACAUAAUCUCAACUCUUUGUUCAUUCAGAGUUAUUCUUAGUGUUCACAGCUAUUGACCAAUAAGCAUUACCUGGGAAUAUUUCCCUUUUUUAAAUUACUUAUAUAUUGCAAAUAAAUCUGUGUAAAACUGAAAAAAAUGAAACUUUAGUGACACAAAAAUAUGAUGUAGCAUUUAAAUGACACUCUCUUAUAGCACUUUGUAGUUUGGCUUUCCUGAAGAAAAUUGUACUUUCUUUAUUCUUGUUGUUCCCUCAGGGUCGAUGCACUUAUUGUGAGUAGCUUUUGAUAAAAGCUUCAGGUAAAUUAAAUAUAAUGUAAAUACAUGAGCUGAGCUACUUUUUACAUUUUGUGAAUAUUAAGAAUACAAACCCUGGAAUGUAACAACACUUAACAGAGUGUAUAUGUAGGUUUGUAACCUGCUUGUAUUUCCAGGACAAAAAUGUAUAUGUUCAAAAUUCAAUGCACUGAAGCCAUUCAUGUCAAAUAAAGUUAUAUUUGCCAAAA